AUGUCGGAGGGGCGAGGACAGGAUAUCCCAGCCGGGCCGUCAUCCUCUAGGAACAGAAGCCUGAGCCGUGAUUUUGCCUCCUCUUUUGUGGCAUCGUUUACCGAUGCGUCGCCAAUUGUCCACGAGUACAUCGCCAGGGACCUGGCAGACUGGUCUACCGACGAAGACGUCGAUGACGAGGGGUCUGGUGAUGACGAUGGCUCAGAUGACGAGCACCCGGGCCCUAAGCUAUAUGCUCGCCCGAGUGGCAUCGCCUAUGGAGGCUCUCGCCCAGCCAUGGGACGGUCUCAACUCGAAGAGCCGAAGCUCACUCGCAUCGAGAAGCAGCAGUCUAUAGACGCCGAGCGCAGUUUGCUGAGGGACAACCACAUCUUGCCGCCGAAGCAUCCUGCGGUGGAACGACCGAGCCUAUUUUGGCAAGUCUACAAGAGGCUGUUCAGCACAAAGGUUCCUCAACCAAGUCCGGAUGAGGAGGUCCCUGAUGUUUCUAUAGUCCCUCCGACGCCGUCAGAAGAGACCCCUCUCUUGCAGCCUGCCAAUGGAGAGGCCGAGCCGGAUGGGCAUGAGAACCUCAACGAGCAAUGGGAAGCCGCCGUCGCUGCGGGCCAGAUCCGCACAACAUGGCAGAGAGAGGCCAAGACCAUCGCCGUGUAUUCGCGGUCUCUGGUCGUGACGUUCCUACUUCAGUACUCGGUCAACAUCGCCAGUAUAUUUGCUGUCGGAAGAAUAGGGAAAUUUGAGCUUGGUGCUGUGAGUCUUGCCACUAUGUCCGCCAACAUCACCUUUUAUGCGCCGGUUCAAGGACUGGCCACCUCGCUCGACACUUUGUGCGCGCAAGCAUACGGAUCUGGCCACAAGCACUUGGUUGGCCUGCAGCUGCAGCGCAUGACUUGCUUCCUCAUGCUCUUAGUAGCACCUUUUGCCGUAUUGUGGUGGAAUGCUGAAGGCAUCCUAGCCAAGAUGCUCCCAGAAGCAAGGUCGGCCGAAUUGGCUGGCCUUUACCUUCGGGUCGUGAUCCCGGGUAUGCCUGCAUACGCCAUCUUCGAGUGUGCCAAGCGGUUCGUCCAAGCUCAGGGCCUAUUCCAGGCGAACACAUAUGUCCUCUUGAUUUCCGCACCUAUCAACGUACUUCUCAACUACCUAUUCGUCUGGCAUCUUGGCUGGGGCUUCGUUGGAGCACCUAUCGCGGUGGCCAUCACGCAGAACCUCAUGCCCUUUCUUCUGUUCCUCUAUGUUAUCUUCAUUGACGGCUAUCAAUGUUGGGGAGGGUUCAGCAGACGCAUGUUUCACAACUGGGGUCCGAUGAUUCGCCUUGCCUUACCUGGAAUGAUCAUGGUAGUGGCCGAGUGGUUGGCAUUCGAAGUCCUGACAUUGGCUUCUGGCCAAUUCGGUGCUUCAGCUCUCGCCGCCCAGAGCAUUCUGGUGACUAUCACAUCGACAACGUACCAAAUCCCGUUCCCAAUGUCCAUCGCUGCGUCGACACGCAUUGCCAAUCUGAUCGGGGCAAAAUUAGUAGACGCAGCUAAGACCUGCGCCAGAGUUGCCUUUGUCGCCGGCUGGCUUAUAGGCAUUUUUAACCUGGUAGUAGUCGCCACGCUGCGUUACAAGAUCCCUCUCCUCUUCACUCAGGACCGCGAAGUGAUCGAGCUGGUGGCCCGCGUUAUGCCUCUUUGCGCCGUCAUGCAGGUCUUUGAUGGGCUGGCCGCAGUGUCUCACGGCAUUCUUCGCGGCGUCGGGAGGCAGGAGAUUGGCGGAUAUGCUAACCUCAUCGUCUACUACAUUUUGGCGGUGCCUUUAUCCUUUGCAACCGCUUUCAGUCUCGACUGGGAGUUGUACGGUUUGUGGUUCGGAGUGUCUAUUGGCCUAUUUCUAGUUGCCCUCAUUGAGUACGGGUACUUGUAUCGCUAUGACUGGGAGCUUGCGGUCCGGGACGCUGAGCACCGGAAUGCCAAUGCUUGA